AUGCCCCAGUCGGUGACAGCAACCCAGUGUUCUCUUCCGUGGAUCAGGGUGCUAUCAGUAGGGAAAGUGUUGGUCAUCAAGCUGCUAGCAUGGCUAGUGCCACUGACAGUGACUGAGUAUGAUGAGCCCCCUGACACGGGCAAGCAUAUGGAUGUAGAAAGGAGGACAGAAAAAAGACGCAAAUAUGACGAGAACUACAUUACGUUGGGAUUCACUUGUAUCAGUACUGGCUCGUCUAUUCAGCCACAGUGCGUUGUAUGCGCAAAAGUGUUAUCGCACAACUCAAUGAAACCAUCACUCUUGCACAGACAUCUGGAGACAAAUCACCCUCACUUGAAAAAUAAACCUCGGGAAUUUUUUGAAAGGGAAUUACGUGGGCUUUCUACCAGUAAGCAAAGCAUAAAAAACCCAGACGCAGUGAACAAGAAAGGGUUAGAGGCGUCUUAUAUGGUGAGCUACCGAGUAGCCCAGACUGGCAAGCCUCACACUAUUGUGGAGGACUUUUUUCUGCCUGCUGCUGCAGACGCGGUUGGGGUAAUGUUGGGGGAAAAGGCGAAAAAUGUCAUUCAGUCCAUGCCUUCCUCAAACAAUACAGUUUCUCGACGAAUCAGUGCCAUGGCUGGGGACGUGUUUAAACAGUUACUGCAUCGCAUACGAGCCAGUGAAUUUUAUUCACUACAACUGGAUGAGUCGACGGACGUGGCCGGCCUAGCACAGCUCCUGGUAUAUGUCCGUUAUAUCUAUGACGGGUCAGUUAAGGAGGACAUGCUGUUUUGUAAACCGCUGGAAACAAGAACAACAGGGGAGGACAUCUUCCGAAUGCUGGACACCUUUGUGGCAUUGAAUGGACUUUUGUGGACUAAAUGUGUGGGCAUCUGCACAGAUGGCGCAAGGGCCAUGACCGGGAGGCACAGUGGAGUGGUCACUCGCGUCCAAGCGGUUGCUCCAGACGCCACUUGGGUGCAUUGCGGCAUCCACAGGGAGGCUCUGGCUGCCAAGGGCAUGCCUGGGAGUUUGAAGAGCGCUUUGGACAAAACUGUGAAAAUUGUGAACUUCGUCAAAUCUAGGCCUCUGAACUCUCGCAUAUUCACUGCACUCUGCAAUGAAAUGGGCAGCGACCAUACAACUCUUCUGCUGCACACGGAGGUGCGCUGGUUGUUAAGGGGGAAAGUUUUGACACGCGUCUUUGAGUUAAGAGAUGAACUUAAAAUGUUUUUUGUUGACCACACAUUUCACCUGUCUGACAAUUUGCAUGAUCCAGAGUUUCUUUCACGGCUAGCUUAUCUCAGUGACAUUUUUUCCAAAUUGAAUGAACUAAAUCUCGGGUUACAGAGGCUCUCCGCAACCAUCUUUAAUGUGCGGGACAAAAUUGAGACAAUGAUCCAGAAAUUGAAGCUCUGGAUAGACUGCGUGGGCAAAAACAAACCAGAGGCCUUUCCAUUGUUGCACGAUUUUCUGUGUGAAAAUCACAUCAUUCUGACAGACGGCAUCAAACACGACAUAACAACCCAUCUCUGUGAGCUGGCUGCUGAGCUGCGCAGGUACUUCCCCGACAGUGACGAGUCGGACAGCUGGAUUCGACAUCCAUUUUCUACUGUCCCUGCUGCCCUGCCGGUAUCUGAACAAGAGAACCUCAUCGAUAUAGCAUCAACAGGAUCCAUGAAAAUUGACUUCCACCACAAGCCUCUUCCAGAUUUCUGGAUAGGAUUGUGCACCGAAUACCCUCAACUGGCCACACGCGCUGUCAAGAAAUUAAUGCCCUUCGCCACAACCUAUUUAUGUGAGAGGGGGUUCUCAGCUCUGACAAGCCUGAAAACUAAAUACUGGCACAGGCUGUAUGUAGAGGACGAUUUAAGACUGAAACUAUCUCUGAUUCGACCAGACAUAAAGGGACUAUGUGCUUCCUCUCGGGCACAUCCUUCACACUAA